CUGCGGGCGGGCCACUUCCUGCGAUGACCACCAGGGGUCGCCAUUGUCGCGCCAAGGCGUUGGCGGCCGCGUCUGCCCCGGAGGCCCCCCCUCCGCCCCCCUCCCAGCUGCCCCGGUGAGGUCGUCCUGGGAGGGGACACCCGGGGUCCCAGCCUCCUGGAGCCGCUCGCCGGGACCAGAGCCCGGUGGGGAGGUCUGCGCAGAGGGUGCUGGCCGCCGCCCACAGGCCUGUGGCUGGCCCUCCUGCUGCCACCCGAGGCCCAGAGCCAGGCUGACUCUCCUGCUCCUGUCCCCGAGGGUGUGGCACGUGAAGCAUCUUUAAUUCCGCGCUGCGAGGACGCCUGGGAGCUCCUGAGUAUUGGUGUUCCAUCGCUUACUUUGAAAUGGAUGUUCAAGUAGGAGAGACAUUUAAGGUUCCUUCCAGCUGCCCUAUUGUUACUGUUGAUGGAUAUGUGGACCCUUCUGGAGGAGAUCGCUUUUGCUUAGGUCAACUCUCCAAUGUCCACAGGACAGAAGCCAUUGAGAGAGCAAGGUUGUGCAUAGGCAAAGGUGUGAAAUUGGAAUAUAAUGGUACAGAGGUUUGGGUCAGGUGCCUCAGUGACCAUGCAGUCUUCAUACAGAGCGACUACUUGGACACAAAAUGUAAGGCUAUGUAUGGGAUAGGUGUUCACAAGAUCUGCCCAACAACGAGUCAAAAGGUCUUUGAUUUGACUGAGUAUCAUAAUCUAAUCCUGAGGCACCUGCUCUAUAUAGAUAUGAUAGUGGAUUCCCUGGAAACACCCGGGUCCGAAGUCUUCCCUCUCCCUGGACCACAAGGUGGAACACUUGUAAGCCAUCCUUCACUGAUGGGGGUGAAAGACCUACAGGACAUAUGCAUCCUCAGGAUGAGUUUUGUGCAAGGCUGGGGAUCGAAGUACCCAAGUCUGAGCAUCAAGGAAACUCCUUGCUGGAUUGAGAUUCACUUGCACCCGGCCCGCCAGCUCCUAGACAAAGCUCUCCAGGCCAUCUCUGUCAGCCGUUCACAACGUGUGCACUGAAAUCUUUACUGUUGGAGCCCUUAACAUUCAUUGUCAGGAUGGUGGACUAGAACAUACAAUCCUGUUUAUAAUCUGAAGAUAUAUAUCACUUUUGUUCUGCUUUAUCUUUUCAUAAAGGGUUGAAAACA